AUGGACAAGUCAAUCAAUUACAGCAUCGAUGCGACCGAGGAUGUCAACGACGAGGGCCUCGUCCUUGAUGAGAAGACAGGAACGGUCGCGGACAGGAACGCCAUGGCGCGUUUGGGCAAGGAACAGCUCUUCAAGGCCAGUUCAAAUCCUUGCUUGCGUAACUUUGGUUUCGUGUCUAUCUUCGGGUUUGCCCUUAUCAUCAUGAGUACCUGGGAAACGAUUCUGUCGACACUGGCCUUUGGGCUGGGCAAUGGCGGGCCUGGGGGGCUUAUCUGGACCUUCGUUGCGGUAUAUAUCGGCUUCGUCCUCGUCAGUGUUUCCAUGGCGGAGAUGGCUUCCAUGGCUCCUACCUCUGGCGGACAAUAUCAUUGGGUCUCUGAAUUUGCUCCUCCAAAUGUCCAGAAAUUGCUGUCCUAUUUCAUCGGCUGGUUUGGCAUCCUCGGUUAUCAGAUUGGCACAACCAUUGGCGCAUUUGUUGCUGGCACCAUGAUUCAGGGCUGUAUCAUCUUAAACAACCCUGACACAUACCACCCUCAACGAUGGCAUGGAACCUUGAUCGCAAUGGCCAUCACCGUUUGUGUGGCCUUAUUCAACAUCUUCCUUGCGAACCACCUGCCACUGGUCGAGGGGCUCAUCUUGGUGCUUCACAUCGCCGGGUUCGUGGCUAUCUUGGUGCCUCUCUGGGUUAUGGCUCCGCGUACUCCAAGCUCUGAAGUGUGGACCUCCUUCACGGAUGCCAAUGGAUGGGGGAGCAUCGGUGUCGCCUGUCUUGUCGGGAUGAUCACCAACGCUGGUGCAAUGGUUGGAGGUGAUGCCGCAGCGCACAUGGCCGAGGAGCUGAAGAGCGCCUCGAAAAUCCUUCCAAGGGCCAUGAUCUGGACUAUAGUCGUGAACGGACUUCUCGGAUUCGUCAUGCUUGUCACAUUCCUCUAUACGUUGGGGAACUUGGACGACGACCUCGCAUCACCGACAGGCUACCCUGUCAUUCAGGUGUUCGCCACGGCUACUGAGUCCAACGGUGGUGCAGUCGGCCUCACCGCCAUCCUCAUCAUCCUCAACGUGUGUGCCAACCUCACCACCAUGGCGGGCUCCUCUCGUCAGCUGUUCUCUUUUGCUCGAGACAAGGGAGUUCCUUUCCACCGUUGGGUGUCUCAGGUUCCACCUGGAUACGACGUCCCGGUCAACUCCAUUAUUGUCUCGGCCCUUUGCUCAUGCGUUUUCCACUGCAUCAACAUUGGCUCGUCGAUUGCCUUCAACAUCAUCAUGUCCAUUGGCACGGUGGCGCUGAUCACGAGUUACAUGACCUCAAUUGGCAGCAUGACCUGGAGGCGAAUUCGUGGCCUACCUCUUCUUCCGUCCAAGUUCUCUCUCGGCAAGUUUGGCCUGGGGAUCAACGUGGCCGCACUUUGUUUCUGCGCGGUGGUCUACGUUUUCUCAUUCUUCCCUCCACUGCCAAAUCCACCUGCAGCAGCCAUGAACUGGGCCUGUGCCGUGUACGGAGGAGUUGUGUUGCUUGCUUUCACUUACUAUAUCAUCCGCGCAAGACAUGUGUAUGUUGGCCCUGUGGCGUAUGUCAAUAAGAACGCCUAA